AUGGCCGCGACGGCGGACCUCCCCGCGAUGCUGGACAAGUACCGCGGCCAGCUCGGCGCCGUCAUCCAGGAGGUCGCGGCGGCGCCCGCGGAGCGCGAGCCGGACUACCGGCUGGCGCACCUCGAGGCCGGCGCCGGCGCCGGCGCCGACGACGCGGGGGCGUUCCCCGAGGCGCUGACGCCGCGGCUCGCGUCGCUGGUCCAGGGGUCGGCGCUGCCCCUCGGCGACGUCGCCGCGGCGGCGGCGGCGGCGCUCGGCGACGACUCGUGCGCCUUCGCCGAGAAAGCGGCCGCGAAGAUCCGGCUCGUCGCGGAGCGCAAGGCCUACGGCAUCGCGCCGAAGAAGGGCGUCGCCGCCGCCGAGGACGCGUCCGUGCUCCACAUCUGGCGCUGGGAGGUCGUCGCCGCCGAGGCCUACUUCGGCGACGCGUCGCUCAAGGCGAUCAAGGCCGCGCGCGCGGCGCGCGGCCGCGUCGGCAAAAAGGCCAAGGCGCUGGGAAAGCUCGUCGACGCGCUCGUCAAGGGCGACGCGGCCAAGGCCCUCGCGGAGGAGGAGAAGGUCCUCAAGAUCUCCCGCGACGAGGACGCCGCGCGCCUCAAGGCCGAGGCGGCGGACCGGAAGAAGCGCGAGAAGGAGGCGGAGAAGAAGGCCAAGGAGGACGCGAAAGCGCUCAAGAAGCGCGAGUCCGAGGACGCGAAAGCGGCGAAGAAGCGCGAGUCCGAGGACGCGCGCGAGGCGUCCGCCGCGAAGAAGAAGAAGGUCGACGACGGCGCGAGCUCCGCGUCCAAGUCCCUCAUGGGCGCGUUCCUCAAGAAGGCGCCGAAGCCGCCCGCGCCCGUGGCCGCGGCGCCCGCGCCCGCGGAGCGGCCGCGGAGCCGGGAGGACGUCGCGGCGGGCGACGCGAAGACGGACGCCUUCGUGCGCGCCAUCGCGGCCGCGCGCGCGGACCCGCCGCCCCUCGAGUCGCUCCGCCGGCCCUUCGCGCCGCGGCCGCCGCGGGAGCCGCGCGCGGCCGGCGCGAAGCGCCUCGCCUACUUCCACUUCCACGAGAACUUCAAGCCGCCGUCGCUCCAGGUCGUCGAGGCGUCCUCGGCCGUCGUCACGGCCACGGCGCCCUUCGCGAAGGACCCCGCCGUCGACUACGACUACGACAGCGACGACGACUACGCCGCGAACGAGGGCGAGAUCGAGGACGGCGAGGACCUGAGCGACGACGACGGCGAGAAGAGCGAGGGCGGCGAGGAGGACGCGCUGGACUACGGCGACGACUUCCUCGAGGGCGACGACGAGCUCGACGACGGCGCGCCGCGCGCCGCGAAGAAGCGGGCCGCGCCGCGGCAGCGCGCCGUCGUCGUCGUGUCGCCCCUCAAGCCCGGCGAGGCGGGCGACGACGAGCGCGAGCGGCUCCUCGCGCCCUACGCCGCGACCUUCUUCUUCGACCCGGACGCGCCGGACCCGGACCCGGACCCGGAGCCCGAGCCCAAGGCGAAGAAGCCCCGCAAGCCCAAGAAGUCCGCCGAGGCCGCGGCGCCGGCGCCCGCGCCCGCGGCGGGGGCCGCGCCGCCCGCCGCCGCGCCGGACAAGCCCGCGUCGUCGGAGAAGAAGAAGAAGCCGAAGAAGAAGGAGCCCGACAUGACCGGCCAGAAGACGCUCACCUUCCCCGUCGUGACGCGCUUCGACCACAAGAUGCGCUACGUCGUCAGGAAGCAGGGCGCCUACCUGCGCCAGGGCGGCAGCCUCCAGAGUGCCAAGGUCUGCACGCUCGCCGGCGGCACGCGCGUGCUCUGCGACAAGAGCUGGCCCCUCGACGCGUCCACGACGCGGGUCCACGUGUUGGAGCCCGCCGUGGGCUGGGUGUCGCUCAAGUGCCUCAGGGACGGCCGCAUGCAGCUCGGCUACUACCUCGCCAAGGACCCCCGGCUCGCGCUCUGGCACGAGCGCCUCGAGCGCGGCGCGGCGGCGGCGACGCGCGGGCCCGGCGACGCCUGGGCGUCGCCCGUCGGCGCCUUCGCCGAGGUCCGCGACGCGCCCGGCGGCGUCUUGCUGGGCGUCGUGUGGCGGGACGCGGCGGUGCUCGUGCGGCGGACGCGCGCGCGCGGCGAGCCCUUCGUCGGUCGACGGCGGCCGCGCGGCGCCGACGACCUCGACGUCCCGCGCGCCGCGGCCGGCUGGCUCGAGCUCGCGGCAUCGGACGCGCGGAGCUGGUUCCGGGGCGGUUCGCGGCGCGGCGCCUGGGUCCGCGCGCGCGCCGUCGCGUUCCCGCCGGACGCGGUCGCGCUCGACGGCGCCGCGCGCUACCACCCGGAGCGCCGCCCGUCCGCCGCGGCCAUGGCGCGCUUCGCCUACGGCGCCGGCCUCGCGAACGUCGCGGCGCCCGUGUCCCUCGAGCAGCUCCGGGGCGCGGCGGCGCGGUUUUGCUUCGCGCCGUCGAAGCGGACCUGGGAGCAGAACAUCAGCGACGCCUGCCGCUGCCCCCAGGACUUCCUCGCGCCGUCCUACGACGAGAACGUGCCCGCGGCGCCGCCGGGGCCCGGCUGCUGGCUCAUCCCGACGGAGGACGGCUGGGCGCUCCGGCUCUGCGAGCGCCGCGCCGACUACGAGCGCCUCGGCUGGCGCGUCCUCGCGGGGGACCUCGAAGAGACGCGGGAGCUCAUGGACAAGGUGCGGCUCCGGAAACGCGCGCGGCGCAUGGGCCUCGAGCACUGCCUGCCCGCGAGCUACGCGACGCUCCGGGCCGCGCGGUUCCCGUGCAUCGUCAAGACGGCCGUCGGCGACUUCGGGAGCACCGUGCGCUUCGCGCGCGACGCCCGGGAGCUCGACGCCGCGAUAUCGGAGCUGAAGCUCGAUUCGCGGCGCAUGAACGACGCCUGGCUCGUCCAGGAGCUCUGCGAGGGGCCCGUGGAGUACAGCGCGUCGUGCGUCGUCCGCGACGGCCGAAUCCUCGACGUCGUCGCGACGCGCUACACCUACGACGCGGCGGUCUACGUCUGGCCGCGCGUCGAGGAGCGGCGCGAGCUGCGCGUCGUCGACGCGCCCGUGCCCGGAAACCACCUCGAGGUCAUGGCGGCGCUCCUGCGGGGCUACACGGGCGUCUGCAACUUCAACUACAAGCUCCGCGGGAACGGCGAGCUGUGCAUCUUCGAGGUCAACGUGCGGAGCGGCGAGGACCUCGCCUGCGACGUGCCGCCGGACCGGCUCCGCUGCCUCCUCGAGCGCUUGGACGGGACCUUCCCGCCGCUGGGCCGCGUCGACGAGCUCGUCGACGAGGUCCAGCGCGUCGUCGCGCGCUCGGACGCGUCGUAG